AUGAGCGCACAAUUCAGCUUCCUUCAGGCUAAUAUCAACCAUUGCGCCGGGGCUCAGGACCUACUACUGCAGUCCAUGGCGGAGUGGGGGAUCGAUCUGGCGGUGGCCUGCGAGCCCUAUUAUGUCCCGCCCCUACCUCAUUGGGUAGGGGACUCGGAUGGUACCGUGGCGGUCCUCGCGAAAAGCGGAACGGGUCCCUCUAUCUCACUCGUUGAAAGGGGCUCGGGUUACGUAGUGGUGGGGUGGGGGGAGUACGUGGUCGUUGGAACGUACUUCUCCCCGAACCGCAGCCUGGCUGAGUUCGAGAUCUAUCUCGGCUUCGUCAGAUCUGCGGUGGCCAGGCAGUCGCCUAAACCGACAGUGGUUCUUGGUGACCUAAACGCAAAAUUGAAACCAGAAGAGGAGAAAGUACGCCGCCUUGCGGAACGCCAGCAGAGAGAUCAGCCCAGUCCGAGGAAGCCUCAUCAGACUUUACCAUCUGCCGACGACCACGAAGAUAAGAUUGGAACCAAUCAAUCACAGGCUGAGCAAAGUUAA